ACCUAUAUAAAUCAGUCUCCCCACUUUCAUUCUUUAACCACAAAUAAUUUCUCUUGGACAUUGUAAGCUACGUACCUUCACAAAGAUGGUAAAGCUACCAACCCAGUUCUUGGUUUGCAGUUUCUUCAUUCUUCUUGCCUUGCAUUCGUUCUCGGUAAGAUCCCAGGAAGUCGAGGAUGAAAGUGAAUUUGAUUAUGGAGCAAAUAGUACAAAAGGGCCAGCAAGAUGGGGAGAGAUUCAUGCAGAAUGGGGUGCUUGUAGCAAUGGGACCAUGCAAUCUCCCAUUGAUAUGUCCAAUGAAAGAGUUAACAUUGUUUCCCAUUUAGGGAGGCUUAAGAAAAGCUACAAGCCCAGCAAUGCCACUUUACGAAACAGGGGCCAUGAUAUGAUGUUGAGAUGGGAAGAUGAAGCAGGAGCUAUAGAGAUAAACGGUACGGAGUAUGUACUCCACCAGUGCCAUUGGCACUCACCUUCCGAGCACACUAUCAACGGAAGGAGGUAUGAUUUAGAGCUACACAUGGUUCAUGAAAGUGCAGAUGGCAAGGUUGCUGUAAUAGGUAUCAUGUACAAGAUUGGAAGACCAGAUUCUUUCCUAUCAUCGCUGAUGGAUCAUUUAGAAGCCAUUACUGAUAUCACAGACGGAGAGAGAGCGGUGGGGGUGAUCGAUCCAAGGCACAUUAAAUUUGGCAGUAGAAAAUAUUACAGAUACAUCGGCUCUCUUACUGUUCCUCCUUGUACUGAAAAUGUGGUGUGGAGCAUUGUCAGAAAGGUGAGGACUGUAACCAGGGAGCAAGUGAGGUUACUUCGUGUGGCUGUUCAUGAUGAUUCGGAUACGAAUGCAAGACCACUUCAGUCAAUAAAUAAUCGAUCUAUUCAACUUUAUAGACCAGAUGAUAAAGAAGAGAAUUAAAAGAUGAAUCAUGUAUUAAACAAACAUAGGUGCAUGUCACCAUUUGAUUAUUUUGAGGAACUAUGCAGAUUAUAUACUGACGGAUUAAUAAGCUUAGGCUGAGGUAAUCCAAUCGGUACCAUAUAUUGUAUUCAUACUCUUCAAUUUAUAUUAUUUUUCCUAUUUGCUAUUGA